CUUAAGUCAGCUGAAUCUAAACAGCAAGGAUACGCGGGACCUCAGCAAAAACUAAACCGAAAUGGAAAAUCAAAGAACUAUUGUCAGCUGGGUACUUUGAUCUUAUCGUUUAAUGUAAUUUAGGAUCGAAUUUUUGACGUAAUUAAAGAUGGAAAGUGGAAGUGAUGUUGCGAGACUGAACGAGUACGCACAGAAAAAAAAAAGUUUAGGCCUACUUAAAUAUGAAGACCUUGGCUCUUUUGGCCCAGACCACAUUAAAACAUUCACCCAGAGGGUAGUCCUGAAUGAUAAGGUCUAUCCUGAGGGUGUAGGGAAGACAAAGAAGGAAGCCAAGAAUAAUGCUGCUAAAAAUGCCCUGAGAGACUUGGAGGAGGCCGCACGUCAGCCUUCAGUUGGGACAACUGCAGUUGAGAAUUACAACCCUACAUCAGCUCAACAAGAGAAGGAACUCAAUCAAAAUGAUUCUGAUAUCUGUAAUCAGACAAGAAGCCUGAGUGUUAACUCUCAGGACAACAGCUCUGAACAGAAUAAUUUCAUUGGAUUAGUUAACCACUACUGUCAGAAAAAAAACCGCUGCCAUACAUUCAUUGAAGACAGAAGAUGGGGACCAGCUCAUGAGCCUCAAUUUUUCUACAGAUUAAUCAUUGACAACAAGGAGUAUCCUGUGGCUAAAGGAAAGAAUGCCAAGGAAGCCAAACAAAAUGCAGCCCGUCAUGCCUGGUUUGCUCUUCAAGAGCAGUCAGACUGGGACAGCAAGAUGUCUGUCAGAUCAACAGUGUCUGAAGGUGGUGCACCGCCUGUGUUGUCAACACCAUCAACUCCAGUGGAUUCCCAUGAGGCUUCAUCACAAAGAACGUCAACGAGCAAAAGUAAUUCAAUAACAUUCGAGGAUUCACCAAACCCAUCCCAAGCUCAGAUUCCCUUAGAGCCUGACAAUGGUACACCCACCAGGUUGUCAAAUUCACUAGAGUCUAUUACAUCGUCACAAAGCAUGUCCUCGGGUACAAGUGGCUCUGGAUUAUUCACCGAUUCAUCAAACUCGUCCAAGGAUCAGCAUGCUGUCAAAGACAAGAACAUGGGAAAUACUGAAAAUGAGACACCCACCCAUUCAAGGUUUACUUCAGAAUUUGAUAUCAUUGAUUGUCUUGGAAGAGGAGCCUACGGUUGUGUUUACGCAGCAAGACACAAACUGCUGAACAAGUGUUUUGCUGUAAAGAUUGUCCGCAGUGACGAGAAAGCUCUUCGAGAGGUGGGGACAUUGUCAGACCUUCUCCACUCUAACAUUGUCAGAUACUACACAUUUUGGAUGGAGGAUUCAAGAUACCAAGGUCAUAUUACAGUUGGAAGCUCAGCUGGCAGUUUCAGCUCUUCCCAGUCUAUAGAUGAUCCAUCAGCAAAGUACCUCUAUAUUGAGAUGGAGUUAUGCCAAACAAAAACACUUAAAAAGUGGAUUAAUGAGAAGAACACUCAGUCUCAGCCAGACACAAAGAGAAGACAAGAAAGUCAAACCAUUGCUCAGCAAAUAGUCAAUGGAGUCGAAUAUAUUCACUGCAAGGGGCACAUCCACAGAGACCUAAAGCCUGACAACAUCCUGUUUGGAGUGGAUGGAGUGGUGAAGAUCGGGGACUUUGGUCUGGUCACCAAAGAUGAUGAUGAUGAUGAUGAUGACAUUGCUUUAAUGGAGAGAACAAGACAGAGAGGAACAUACACUUACAUGGCUCCUGAGCAAAUAACGGGGAAGAACUAUGACCGAAAAGUGGACAUAUUUGCUCUGGGGUUGAUAUACUUUGAACUCCUUUGGAAACUCUCUACUGGCCACGAAAGAGUAGUGGUUUGGAAUGAUGCCAGAAGUCUGAAGCUCCCCGAACAGUUUUCAGUGACUUUUGCCGAAGAGAACAAAAUCAUCAGGUUAAUGCUGCGUGAGAAGCCAGAAGACCGUCCUGAAGCAUGUGAACUAAAGGCAGAACUGAAAAAAUGGGCUCAGACACAACAUUUGCAUAAGGAAAGGGCAACAUACUAAUCAUCUGGAGAUCUCUCUGUUGGAUGUCUGUCAUGGGAUAAAAUGACUUGAUUUGUUAUAAAUAUAUGUGGGCAAAUGGUGAAUGGAUUGACUGCACUUCUAUUGAGCUUUAUCUGAACUUUAACUAAAAAAAGGGGCCUUAUUAUGCUCAUGUGCAGGUUUAUGUUUGUAUUUUGUGCCUUUAUUGUGACAUGUUUACAUGCUUGAAUGUUCAAAAAAGUCUUUAUUUUUCUCAAAUUGUCUGUGCUGCAGCACCUCUUUUCACCCUCUGUCUAAAACUAGAGCCCACUCUGCUCUGAUUGGUUAGCUGGCCAGCUCUGCUGUGAUUGGUCAACAGUUUUGAGAUGUCUCGCCCCUUAGCCUAUCACAUAACAUGUAUUGGAGUGCAAGACGUUAAAUUAUGAUGACACUAUGUUACGGAAGUAAACAAAGGAGUCUACUCAAGGCGUUUCAGGCAGGGGGGGAGUGUGUGGGAUAGAAACUCCUUCAGACCAUAUACAUGCAGAUCAACUUAUACAGUAUAAUGCUGCAGGAAAGGGAAAACCCCCCAAAGCAUAAUGGGCCCCCUUAAAAAUAAGAGUAACCUAAUAUUGUGGGUUUUACAGUUAAAUGUGAAAUCCAAUUUUAUCAUGAUUUUAGAAAGUAAUUCUCACGUAUUGACAUUUUUAAAUGUUUUAAGUACUCAGGUGCUGGUUGUUUUCUAUGUCUACAGUUUACAUUUUAUUAAAUGUCGGAGUUAGUCAAACAUAUGUUUUACAGCCUUUGUUUUGUACUGCUUAUGUAAAGUUUCAAAAUAAUAAAAUGGUUAUCUGGGUAAGAAUGGUCAUGCAUCUGAAAUGUACACACACUAUACUGUCGUAGAUAUAUAGAGACUUUUGAAAUACAUAGGCAAACAUUUAAAAUUGAAAUAGAAAAAUGAUAAGGACAAAGCAAGUUAUUAGGCAGCUAAAGGUUUCACACAAUAAAUAUCUGUCACAAAUAUUAUAGAUUAAAUAUUUUUUAAACCUAAAGCGGCCAGCCAAAGGCAACAGCUUUAUCUAUUCAUGAUUAGGUAAAUUAUUUAACAAUAUCAACAACAAUAUAGAUGAAUAAAAAAUAAAAGAAAGUAUACAAUGUUGUCUGCCUGUGUUCUCUGCUUGCUGGCUCUUUGUUUUCAGGUGAUCCAGAUCAUCAUCCAGAUGAGCCACAUCACUGCACAGUGGAGUGUCACUGUUCUUUUGGACACAGCUGCUCUCUGUUGCACAUUUUCACAAAUCCAUACAUGCAUGCAUGACUGAUACCUGGUAUUAGAGGUUUUAUGUUAUUGUGUAAAUAAAUAUGCUUUUUGUUACGAUA